AUGGUGGACGAGAUCAUUGCGUCGCUCAGGACGUUUCCCACUCACCCGCCGCACACCAUCCAACGGAUAGCCGAGCUCGUCCUCGAGCCCGACCGCCACUACCGCGCCGUUGCAUCCUACCUCCACGCCCUCGAUCGCGUCGUCCGCGUCACAUCACCCUCCAACAGAUACCCUCUACCCCUACCGAUUGUGUCCUUUGCCAACGGCGCUGCGGACCAGGUCUCGUGGGCCAACACCACCCAGGCCAACCUCGGCACCGACGAGGCCCUCGGUGGCGCUCUUCUAACCCCCAUCCCGUGGCUCUCGCGACAGUCGGAGGAUAGCCCUAGCGACCAGAGCAGCCAGUCCCGCGCCGAGCUCCGGACAGAGAGUACCGAGACCAUUGAUGGGCCGAACGGCAUGGGAAGCAUAGAGACCGUCAGCAUCAGCGUCAAUGGCAUCCCCUCCGCCGGCGCGGGCGGCACUCUCCGCGGCAUCACGCAGGGCGAGUUGCUCCGGCAGGAGCAGCGUGCGGACGAGAUUGGCGCCAGCGACCUAGGGCCCACUAUUCUCACCAUCAACCGCAUCGACGAGGCGUCCCUUCACCCUCAGGAGAUUGACGUCGAGGCCGCCGUCGGCAGAAAAAUGAUGCCCGAACCCCGUGAUAACUCUCCAGAUUCCGAUGACGAUGUGUCCGACUCGGGCUCCAAGCGAGGGGCUGAAGAGGACCCUGAGGGCGCUUUGAUCGCUAAGAAGCCUAGAAGCGAUAGCGGCGAUCCCGGCGAAGCCAUGGAGGGCGUCGAAGAGACCUCGGAGCCCGAAAAGCCGUAG